AUGUAUAGUUGGAGUGCUUUGGUGUUGGUUAGAACAGAAACAGAAUUCAAUGAACAAUUUUCCAAUCUCAAGACCAAAUUUAGUACAUAUCUUGAAGCUAUUAAGUAUGUUACUACCAAUUGGUUAGAGCCAUACAAGGAAAAAUUUGUUGCAGCUUGGAUAGACAGUAUUAUGCAUUUUGGAAAUACCACUACAAACAGGGCGGAGAGUUCUCAUGCUAAAUUGAAGAGGCAACUUGGAUCAAGUCAAGGCAGUUUUAAGACAUCUUGGACCAAAAUACACAAUUUGUUAGAGUUGCAGCAUGCAGACAUUAAAGCCUCAUUUCAGCAGAGUUUGAUUGUAGUCCAACACAAGUACACACCUACUGAGUUCACUAAGUUACGUGGUUUUAUUUCAAUUUGUAGUUUGGACAAAAUAUUGGUAGAGUCAAAGAGAUCGAAUAGUGUGGGAAUAGAUGUUGCUGCAUGUGGCUACAUUUUGCGACGUACACAUGGGUUGCCAUGUGCACAUGAAAUAGCUGAGUAUUUUCAACAAGGGCGACCGAUUCCCCCCUUGUUCGUAAAUCCUCAUUGGAGGAAGUUAGAUAUGCUUUCAGUUUCAGAAAGUGCUUUUGUGGAGUUGGAUUGCAAAACAGAGACUGAUUUUUUUAUUGAGAAAUUCCAAACGAUUAACGAAACACAACAAGUGAUCCUUCUGAAGAAGUUGAGGGAGUUAAUUAGUCUAGACAGUACAUUUUUUAUGGAACUUGAACUCAAGGCUGACACGAGAGAUAGUUAUUCACAAAGUGUUACUAUCUCAACUGCACCAGUUCGUAAGCAAGUGCAACGAAAGAAGGCAAAAAAAGAUAAUGUCUGUAUGACGCAGCCAACAAAUCGAAUCUGUUACUUCAAACAAUUUUCAGAGAAGUUGAGACCAUAUAUUUGUCAUAUAAAAGAUAUACAAGCAGAUGACAAUUAUGGUUUCAGGGCAAUAGCUGGAUUGAUUGGUUUAGGUGAAGAUGAUUGGCAACAAGUUAAGCGUAACUUGUUGACUGAGUUACAUUCGAAUGUAGUGCACUACAUGCAACUAUUUGGUUCACAAGAAAGGGUUGAUGACCUUAACUCUAUCUUAUCCUACUUUGAACCUAGCCCUGGAUUUAAUCAUUGGAUGACUAUGCCCAACAUGGGCCAUUUGAUAGCAUCAUACUACCGAAUCGUUCUUUAUCAUUUAUCCAUGCAACAAUGCUUAACGUUUCUACCACUUAGAUCAGUAUCGAUUGCAACACCUGAGCAAAGAGAUAUCUGCAUAGGAUUUGUAAAUGGAAAUCAUUUCGUGCAGGUUUAUCUGCAACCUGGUCAUCCAGUACCUCUGAUAGCAAAUUAUUGGAUUCGUUUUCAUCACCCGUGUGCUAGUGGAUGGGAGAAACCAUAUACUAUUCGUAUUCAUCAAUUCCGUACUCUUAUUAGCCCUGACAUAGUAACUACCGAAACAAUCGAUAUAGACGAAUUGUGA